CCCAUUCGUCCAUAAACACUGUGACCGUAUGUCGCAGGCUUCAGUCAGGCACGGCGGGCAGCAGACUGAGUAAGUGAGGCCGAGGUUCAAUAUCACUCGUUACAGGGGCUCGAUUAGAGGCGUUCAAACGUAUGCACAAGCUGCAAUGAAAAUUAGUUUUUGAGACAAAAAAAGAUACAGAAACAUGCCAGCAGCCUUACCCGUCAUCCCCUAGGAAGUGUCUUCUGUCAGGGGAGCCUGUAUGCUAGGUAGCUAGGCUAGCUAGGUCUUAUUGGUAACAGUCAUUGAGUAACAGCUUGGGGGGGCGUGGGUUGCUUCAGUGCGAUAGUCUCCUCUUGUCCAAGCUGGGGUCGUCUGGACGGUUCCUGAAUAUGAUACACCAUGAGUCAGAGGGACACCGUGGUUCAUCUCUUCGCAGGAGGGUCUGGAGGUACAGUAGGAGCCAUAUUGACCUGUCCGCUGGAAGUGGUGAAGACGCGUCUGCAGUCCUCCUCCGUCACCCUCUAUGUGUCUGAGGUGCAGCUGAGCACUGCCAAUGGGGCGAGUGUGGCCCGCAUGUCACCGCCGGGUCCCUUGCACUGCCUCAAGUUGAUCUUGGAGAAAGAAGGACCUCGCUCGCUGUUUCGGGGUUUGGGACCCAACCUGGUGGGCGUUGCCCCAUCCAGAGCCAUUUACUUCGCUGCGUACUCCAGCGCCAAAGAGAGGCUGAAUGGAGUCCUGGAGCCAGACUCCACGCAGGUGCACAUGGUAUCGGCUGGCCUGGCAGGCUUCACUGCCAUCACCGCCACCAACCCCAUCUGGCUCAUAAAGACUCGGCUGCAGCUGGACGCCAGAAACCGCGGGGAGCAGCAGAUGAGUGCGUUUGAGUGCAUGCGGCGGGUGUACCGUGCCGACGGCCUGCGCGGCUUCUACCGUGGCAUGUCUGCGUCCUACGCGGGCAUCUCAGAGACUGUGAUCCACUUUGUGAUCUACGAGAGCAUCAAGCGGCGCCUCCAGGAGGCCAAGGCCGCCCACCACAUGGAGGACGAGGAGGAGGCGUCCAAGGACGCCUCAGACUUUGUUGGCAUGAUGCUCGCUGCCGCCACCUCCAAGACCUGCGCCACAUCCAUCGCCUAUCCUCACGAAGUGAUUCGCACCCGGCUACGAGAGGAAGGCACCAAGUACCACUCAUUCUUCCAGACUCUCACCACGGUGCCCAGGGAGGAGGGCUUCCGUGCGCUGUACCGCGGCCUCACCACCCACCUGGUGCGGCAGAUCCCCAACACCGCCAUCAUGAUGUGCACCUACGAGCUGGUGGUCUACCUCCUCAGCGGUUAAACAACAACAUCGACCACCACGACUAGAAAACAAACAAACAGCGCAGUCAUCAUUCGUGUUUGUGUAACCCCUGCCCCCUUUCCAUUUCAAAGAGUCGGACUGAGAAAAAGAGUGUGAGGGAGAGGGAACCAACUCCCAUAUAGAACGGUAUGUGAAGAAGCGAGACCCCCUCUUCAGAUAGACAGCCUGAGCGCUGGGCUCACCCUGUGUCUUACUGAGGUCAGUUGGCUGCUUUAUAAAUGGGGAUGUGUCUUUCUCUGUUCCCAUGGGCAGCCUAAAACAUUGUGAAGUUGUUGGCCAAUGGUGUUGACCCCUGAAAACUUCUUGUUGCUUUUGAAAACGUUAUAAUUUGACCACCCUUCCUCCCUCCCUCUCUCUCUCAGGGGUUAUAGGGGCCACAUUACUGUACCGAAAAGUAUAUUUAAUUACGAUAACCGAGCCGAAGACAAUAAAUGAAGUUAAAAAAACUCCAAUACUAAUAAAAAAUAAGUCAAAGUAAUCUCAUUGCUGGCACUGAGCCGGAAUUAAGUAUAGUGGCAGGAAACCAAACCAGAUAUUCUUGCCAUCUGAUAAUUUAGAUGCAUUCUUUGGCUUUGGGGGCCUUUCAGAAUAUUUUGUUUUUUUUGUCUGCAUGUUGGAUUCAGAAACUUGAAUGGCCGUUGCAGUGCAGCUGCCCCGCAUUGAUAAUCUGUAAGUGGUCGGGGGACCACUGGUGCAGUCUAGGGGCCAGGGGGGGGGGGGGGGGGGGGGGGGUUGUGCUUUCUUGUGUGAACCGAGUAGAAAAGCACAAUGGAUGCAGUGAUAGGGUUGUGGAUGCUCAUUCUCCUAGUGUUAAACACAAGGUGAGUUGUGUGUGUGGUCGCUGCUUGCACUCAAGGGAGCCUUUAUCGAUAAGUGCUAAGCAAACUCACGGACCGAUAGCUAGCUCUGCGGUUCAUCCUCAACACCCCGGUCCCUCAAGAUGUGCCAGAUGCUUGCCGUGGUCGAGACAUGUAGGUGUCCCUAAACGUACCCGAUGUUUAACGCAUAGUUCUGUGAUUAUACCUCAUCAAAUAUAGAAUAAAGUAUCGGUUUAAAGGCAGUGUUCAGACCUUACCUCUUCACAUGGAGUGUGCGUAUCACAUGGAGUCUGAGAUUUGCCUGCAGGCAGCAGUUUCUUAACCAACUGGAAUCUAAGAAGGAAAAACAAUAUCAUCAUUACUAAUAAGCCAUUAACUCAAACCAUUAACUGACCAAUUUGUGAAACAUCCAAAAUAGACAAUUUAAACUAGUUAUUCUAUUGGCUACAGGACAUGCUUUAUAAUGAUAAAGUAUUUCAACAAAUGAAGGGUUGUUGUGGCAUUUUUAUGUGUUAAGUUAAAUGCAUAAGCCAGUCUUCCCACACGUCAUUUGCUUCUCCAUCAAGCUGUCGUCAUUAUUUAUGCACUUUUACAUUGCUUCUAGCAGUUGUACGUGUUCUCUAUAUGUUAAUGUUGUAUUGUUGUGCCCUUUUUGCAAUCCAGGAUGGAUGACCAGGUCAAUCAUCUAAUUUACUCUUUUGUAUGUGUGCGUGCGUCAGGAUUUGUGUGUGAUGUUACACAACUGAGGCUGAACCCAUUCCUUGUUGAGCUGUUUUUAUUUUUUGCACCAUUGAGGGCCCUCAUCAUUUGACCUCUCAAAUGAUGAACUCCCGUAAUAAAGAAGCGUCCUAUGUGAAUACCCUGAUCCUUUUCUAUGAUGCAUUUCACUCAAGCUUAUGUUGAUGACUUCCAACCGGCAAUAUGCACCCUCAUGCCCAACUCCCCGUCCUUAAUAUGCAACACAUGUGCUACACUUUGUGCCGUCUCACCUGAAGCUAUACAAGUAUCUGCGCCUGCUGCCCAACAUAUACUAUCUAGGCUUGACUAGAUUCUAGACUACUAAAAUACACUAGUUAAAUAUGCAAGUAAAUAUGGCUAUGGUCCAAACAACGUUGUUUAUUAUAAUGUUGCUCAGACUCCAGUGCCAGUUUCAGCUUGCAACUGUAGGGCUGGACCUAGACUUGGGUGAUCCUUUAUAUGUAAAGGCUAUGUUGGGUUGCUUAUGCUUUCUGUGGCUCGGGAUUACCAACCUCCCUGUUCGAUCUAAUUGGAGUUGUGUUAACCUUAACGGAAAUCACAGCCUGAAGAUGGCUCAAUUGGCAAUUAAACGUUUGCAUUGCGUCACCUUGAGGUGUGUGUGUAUGUGCGCGGGUGCGUGUUGGUGUGUGUCUGCGCGUUUGUGUUGGUGCGCUCGUCUCCACGUUGCGUCAUGUCUCUUUCAGUGUGUAUAAUAGUAUGCAGUCGUUCUUAUUGCCACAAGCAGUGUUUUCAUUUGAAUGUGAGGUUGGUUUUCUGGCCCCCUUUUUUCCCAUGUCAUAUUUGAUGAGUAAGUGUGACUCUGUCUAUGCAUUCUCAUGCCUGUUUUUGGAAAACAUUCAAUAAAAUGGAAAGAAUGCACGUA